AACUAAAUCCAUGUAAAAAAUUGCUCUUUAAACUUUUACGCCUCUGGGUUAAUCUUUUUGUUUAUUCCGGGGGUGAAACAGCGUCUGCUGUGGACUCUGACAGCCAUCUGCGCACUGAGGGAAGCUGUCACAGCAUGGCUGACAACAAAGAGGGAUGUGGCCUGAACACCGAUGGAAUCGAAGUCACGGUGUCCUGUAUUUUUCCGAAUGGGGACAAAUAUGAGGGCCAGUGCAGCAGGUCUGCAUCUGGAGAGCUUGUGAGGAGUGGCAUCGGAAAACACACUUCAGCCAGCGGCAUCGUAUACACGGGAGACUGGCAUGAGGACAAAAUGCUGGGCAGAGGGACCCUGCAGUUUCCCUCCGGGGCUCGGUAUGAAGGAGAGUUCAAAGACAACAUGUACCACGGCUCGGGAACAUACAUCUUCCCAGAUGGUUCUGUGUAUCGGGGCCAGUUUCGCCACGACAGGUUGGAGGGAGAGGGCACCUUCACAGAUGCACAGGGACUGAGCUGGACCGGAGAUUUCCACGGUGAAGCAGCGCUUGGUCUCAAACUGCUGCACAACCUCACAAAGGAUUGACUGAAGCAUAAUUUCUCUAAAAGUGAACUGCAUAAGAAAAUGGUUUCAAUGUAAAGACUCUUAUCCCACACAGAUGGUCUCUGAGUCUUCGCUACAUGGAUGUUUUCAUGACCUCAAAGGUAUGCUCAGAGAAGAGUCUGAAUGCCGGUUAAUACGUGCUAGCUUACGUGAUCUUAUUUGUUUAUUUCCCCCCCCAGACUAUCCAUUCUCUUAAAUUUGAAUGUUGAUGAAACACUGAAACGUGAGCCUCUUUAUUUAUUUAGCAAAAAGAGUUACACUUUGGAAAUGUCGAUGAAACAGCAUCGUCGUGUGUAUCUUUUCAUCUAAAAUAUACUUUUAAGUCCUCGAAACAGUGUAGUAUAACACGUCUGUCCCUGAUUGGCUGAUUCAGGCCUGUUGAUGACUCCUGCCCCUGGAAGCUGCCAGUACCCAAGGCAGCUGAAUUUGGAUACUUAAGCCCUUUUUACAAAACAGUUCCAGGCAGGAUUAAGGAACCCAUUUGUUGUAUCCAUGUUUUUUGUGGAUAAAAGAAAAACUGUGUGAUGAGAAGUGCUGGAAUCUGCCUGUUUCUUUCACACCCCUGACUACCAUCACCUAACUUGGCAAGCUAGCUUUACAGAUUGAGAGAGGGUGAUGUAGUGACGGAUUUGAGGUGUAAGCAAGACUUGGAUCUAAAUUCAGACGAGAAGAGUAAGAAGGGGCGAUAUAUGAUUUUAAUGUAAAAUUAAUUUUACAUUUUCCAGAUUGCAUAAUAUUUUGACUGAUUUAUUAUUUAAGGACGCAGAUAUAACUGGAAAAUAGCGGCAUAUUUAUAAAGAACUUUUCAGAAAAGGCAAACAUAAAGAUUGUUUUGGAAAUUACUCUGAUGACUCUACAGUCGUUGGGCGCAUCAGAGAUGGACAGGAAGCAGAGUACAGGGAGCUGGUGGAGCGUUUUGUGGCAUGGCGUGGAAGCGUACUUCAGUGUUCACCUGGUUAACAGACUGAACUGUAGACGCAACUGUGAAGCCGUCUACAAGGGACAGAGCAGACUGUACUUCCUGGGGAAGCUUAGGUCCUUCAAGAUUUGUAGCAGGAAGCAGCAGAUCUUCUCUAAGUCUGCCAUCAUCUAUGGGGGUAGCGGCAUCAGGAAGCUCAACAAGCUUAUGAAGAAGACCGGCUCGGUUCUGGGGACUCCUCAAAAAACUCCGGAGAUGACUAUGCAAAGAAGAAUUCUUCAUAAAAUUAACAUCAUAACGGACAACCCUGAUCAUCCUCUUCAUCAGACGGUCGUACAACAGCAGUGUCUUCAGUCAGAGGCUUCUCCAGCUCCACUGUAAGCCAGACCUCUACAGGAGAUGCUUCCUGCCUGCAGCCAUCAGCAUCUACAACUCGUAGAAGAAUUCCCCACGAGGUUACACCAGCAUUUAAUUUCCCUUUGGUAUUGAUAAAGUAUUUUUGAACUGAGUUUUGAAUAUUCGUGUGGAGGGAGCUUAAAAUCCUUGGCAGUAGAGGUGCACCUUAAGGCUGGUUGACACGGCAGAAUAAUUAGCCCGAUUUUUGCCCUGACCAUCGGCGUGGCUCGUAAGUUAAUCUUAAGAAAUAUUUCUGCCGUGUGUGGUGAGUUAAGAGUGAUCCGGUUCACUCAG